AUGACAUUCUUAUCCGAAAACAGUACACAGAUAACCAUCCAUGCAGCUUCGAGUAAUUCCGACCAAGCUUGUGAAAUAACAGCCGACUCCGCUGUAGAGGUUACAGCUAAAGCUCUGGCUUAUAUUUUUAUUUUCAUGGUUUCGUUUUUCGGAAAUAUCUUUCUUCUUGUGGUCAUUUACAAGAACAAGCAGCUACGAAGAUCCAUCAACUACUUCGUUUUCAACAUGGCUGUAUCUGACCCCUUCAACCCUUUGACCGUCAUGACUGUGAAGAUCGUUGAGAUCAUUUCAGGCUCGGAAUCCUGGAAAGUUGAUCGUCCGUGGCUGCUAGGAAACAUUCUAUGCAAACUUGCCUACUUUCUGCCAGAUGUUUCCCUUUUGGUUUCCAUCGGAAGCCUUCUUUUGAUUUCGAUAGACAGGCUCUUCGCUGUCGUCUUUCCACUGAAGGCCAAACUUAUCUCCUCAAAAGUACGAUUGAUCAGCAUACUAAUCACGUGGUGUGUCGCCAUCGUCUUCCACGCACCUUAUUUUUACAGUUUCAAACUGAUCCUCUACGAAAAUAAAACGUAUUGUAUCCUCAAUUGGGGACCAGCACUCGACCACCUGAAAACACACAAGGGAUUUGUUACGGCAUCGUUUAUAACUUUUAUCCUCAUUCCCGUAAUUAUCCUGGUUAUUGUGCAUAGCAUUAUCAUAUGGACAAUACGAAAAAAGAACAAGAAAAGUAAAGAGCGAUUGUCUUGUCGCCAAAACCAUCGAGAUCAGCAGCUGAGGAAAAUUGUCCAAAUGACGAUGGCCAUCAUCAUUUCCUUUGUUACCUGCAUGACUCCUCUUUUUACCUAUUUAUUUCUUCUUAUUUUUCUAUGGAAUUGGAAAACGCCACCCGUUUGUGCAUUUCAAACAAUUAUCCCAUUUAUUUCUGUCUUUCUGCUACAUUCAUGGAGUGCAGUUAAUCCCUGCAUUUGUUUUAUCUUUAGCAAGAACUAUCGCAACGGUCUUAGGCAAUGUUUUUAUUGUGACGGUCUCAGUCGAAGGUUAUCAAGUUUGCGGGAGAACUAUCGAAUGCGAACGAUGACGAGCUCCUACAGAGACAGCUCUCUUCAGAUCCACUCAAGUAGCGUACACAUUAUCUCGUACAGCAGAAACGCUUGAGCUCGCUAUUUAUUAAAAUCCUAGCUCAGAAAAGCAGAAGUAAAAUCUUUGGGUAUGCACCUCGAACCCUUAAAGUUUGACUCAGAUAGUUGUAACUGUAUGUGGUAACUGAUAAUUAAAGCGAUGACGACGUCCAACCGGUAGAAUAUCAUAAACUAUGCACUGCACAUCGAACUUAGAAGUUUGACACAAAUUUCUAGCAAUGUUAAGUUGAUUUUGAGAGGAACACUGAGGAUGGACUUAGUGCCACACACUUAACCACAAGAACCAUGGGGACAAUAGUCUCGUGUCACGAUGAAUCUGUUCUCUAAGUCAGAUGGUCGAUUCAAUCGUGCAGAUCUUAGCGGCAGAGAUACGAUUGAGCCACUUAUUCCACUCGCAUUUUUUGCUAUGAGGGAUGAUCUAAUAAUUAUUUGCAUAUCAUAAUACCGAGAAUUUUGCUUCCUUUUAACUGAACGUUUUAGCUUGCUCUCAUAAAAAUAAAUGGUUAUUUGACUUAUUCCACGAGUUUCGCGGAAGAAAAUUUCUCAAAAUAUAGCGCGCGCGAAAGUCCUAUCUAAUUCUUUAGGAGUUACCGUGGUAUAAUCCUCAUGCACGCACGGCGUGCAGUUACACUUCGGCUGAAAGUUCCCGUUGAGUUUAGCUGCGAGGUUUCAAGACUUUCAGGCUUAAUUUCGCUGCGCCUCGAGCAACUCCUUCGCUUCCCUCGUGCUCUCCAAACUUCCCCCCUUGUAUCUCCUACUCAAUAUACGCACAAUAAGCGUGGACCAAUUCUUUAUUUCCUCGUAGUGCUUAAUUGCAGUCUUUCUGACCAACGCCAGUUGAUAUCAGAGUAGACAUCUUCGAUUCAGUCUGACGAUUAUGAGGAUACUUUUUACCAUAUUAUUCUCAUAUAUACAUUUUGUUUUUGGCCUCCACUUGUCUAACUUGUCUAAUUUGAACUGGGUCCCUAAAACUGAAUUAUGAAUUCCCCAAUUCUUGCCCCUUAUUUUUGUCUAUUUUAUUUUUAUAUUCGCUCUUUUAUUGUAGAACCAACUAUCAUCUUGUAAUGCAUAGAGGUGAACCGAGGGCUAUUCUUGUUCAAUUAUUCAAACAAGAAGAGGACACCUGGAUAAAGGUCUAUAACACUUCUACGCAACUGUCAGUUGUCUAAUAACUGGAAAAAACGGAGGAAGUAAGAGUAAAUAGUGCGUGAUGUUUGCCAAAUUGAUGUUUAUUUGGCUUUUCAGUUUUAUUAGAAUUUGCAGUUACUAAUUACUGAUAAGUUUUUUCAUAGAAACACAAUCCACCUUCGCCUACAAAUGUUACAAGGAGUUCCGAUGUCCCAUUUUCAACUUUUUUUGUUUGUUUGCUCUCUAUUUUUAGCUAUAAACCGCAAGGCUUCUUCCUUCUCUGGUUUUCAUAUCAACUAUAUAUUUUCCUUCUAUAAUCUACAACCUCUCACUUUAGUCAUGAGCAUAAUUUCAGGUAACCGGUUGGCCCCAGCAACGUCUUAUCUCUAUGAUUAUGAGUUUUUGUAGCAGGACAAAGAAUACAUUUAUAAUCGAGCGGAGUUCUUAUCUAAUUCUUACUUUGGGUGCGUUUGUAAGUACAUGCACGACGAUGCAGUGUAUUUAUCAUCAUGCUUUUCGGUCCUUUUUAUCUCGCUCCUGCAAUUUUCUUUGGAACAUGAAAGACGUGAAUUAAGAGGAUAUAUUAGCUCGUGUUUUCAAAACAUGUUGCGGCCAUAUCACGACUUUUAAAAACAAAAUGUAGCCAGAUUAAAACAUGAUGUUUCGGCGACGACAUUAUUAAUGUAAAAUUAGACGUUAUAUAAAGAAAGGAGAGUGUGAAACUAAAUUAGAAUAAAAGUAAAACAAAAGAAUGCACUUAAUUAAACGAACAGUUUCGCUGUUUUCUCUUUUAUUGGGGCUACAUCGCGACUCCAAGAUCACUGUAAACUGGGAACGUCACGAGCGGGCGAUAAGUGGCCUUUGAAACGUCCGAUGAUGCAGUGAAAGGCCCUCUUAUCAAGAAGAGAUGAAUCAAACAGCAAAGAAUCAUACCAUCUUUAUAGAGAAAUAUAUUUUUUAACUGAUUCAGAGGCAUUUUACAAUCGUUAAUAUUGAAACGUUGCAGUAAAUUUUUAUGACUAAUACAUUUCUCAUCAGCUUUAUAUGCAAAAGCACCCUUCUGCAUUACUUUGCGUUUACCAACACCAGCUAUAUCUACUGUUAUAUAAGACCGGAUGCUCGAUAAUGCAAAAGCAAACAGCCUACGCAUACAAGGGAAGAGUAGAAAAGAGAAAGAAUCAGGGAAAAGAAAAAUGGGUGUCAGACCUCCCUUUGAUUCGUAGCCUUAGGUAGCUUGCAUGUCAUUUGAAAGAAAACUGUUGAGUAAUUAGUGGUAGAAAACUUCAAUAAAAUUGAAAGCAACAUCGGAUGUUGCUAAAUGAACAUGACUUUCGCAAACGUCAUGCUAUAUUUACCCUUCCUUCCCCCAUUGACUUCAAUAAAAUUGAAAGCAACAUUGGAUGUUGCUAAAUGAACAUGGCUUUGGCAAACGUCAUGCGAUAUUUACCCUUCCUUCCCCCAUUGAAGCCUAAUAUCACCUGUGCCGUAAUAGUUGUAGAGGCGUGAUAUGAACCUGCCAAAAAUUUGAAUAUCAAUGAGGCAUGUGAGACAAGUUGGGGGUAGAAAGGAAUAUGAUGGCGACAGAAAAUCAAUAAAACAUGGUAAAGGGUGUCGCCUAAACUGUCAGACUGAAUCGAACACGUCAGUUGCUGAUAUUACGUGAAAUAAUGCGGAAAGACGAAAAUUGAGCGCCACAAGAGGAUAAAUUUUUCCCGCGAGCCUCAUGGAAUAAGACAUUUAAUUUGUUAUUUUAUUAAAGCACACUAGAAAGGUCAGCUAACUAUAAGAAGCUAAAAUCUAUGUAUUUGUAAAUGUCACUCAAACGCGGGUUGGAUUGCGCCGAAACAAAGUCGUGCGACGUUUCCUUUGAUGGUCCACAAUCAUAUUUUCCAUUUUUUCCCCUUUCAUUUGCUCUUGAUCUAUUUAAGGAAAGUCCUUUUUGUGAGGAACUUUAUUUUCAACGUCAAUGGUAAUUACUAUGUCAGCUUGCUCAUGGAUAUUUGCAUUCAUCCAUCAUUUGUUUCUAUUCAUUUAAAUAAAUUGACUUCAAAAGGGAACGACUCAGUUCUCAAGUAAAUAGGACCCAUCCUUUAAUCCUUCAAAACGAAACUUAGUGCUCCUUUCACAAAAGCGAUAGCUCUCUCGUGGAUUGACGAUAAUCAAAACAAGUUAUGACUAUGAACACAACCGUAAAAAUGUUCUCCAAAAACAGCUCACAUACAACCAGCCAUGCAGCUUCUAAUAACUCAUAUCAAGCUUGUGAGAUGACGGCCGACUCCCCUGUAGAGGUAACAGCGAAAGCAGUGGCUUAUAUUUUCAUUUUCCUGGUCUCGUUUGUCGGAAAUAUCUCUAUUCUUGUAGUUAUUUACAAGAACAAGCAGCUACGAAGAUCCAGCAACUACUUCGUUUUCAACAUGGCUGUAUCUGACCUCUUCAUGCCUUUGACCAUCAUGACUGUGAAGAUCGUUGAGAUCAUUUCAGGCUCGGAAUCCUGGAAACUUGAUCGCCCGUGGCUGCUUGGAAACAUUCUAUGCAAACUUGCCUACUUUCUGCCAGAUGUUUCUCUUGUGGUUUCUAUAGGAAGCCUUCUUUUGAUCUCCAUAGAGAGGCUCAUCGCUGUCGUCUUUCCACUGAAGGCCAAACUUAUCUCCUCAAAAGUACGAUUGAUCAGCAUUCUAAGCACGUGGUUUGUCGCCAUCGCCAUCCACGCACCUUAUUUCUACAGCUUCAAACUGAUCCCCUACGAAAAUGAAACGUAUUGUAUCAUGAAUUGGGGACCAGCAUUCGACCACUUGAAAACGCACAGAGGAUUUGUUACGGCAACUUUUAUCACUUUCAUCCCCAUUCCCAUUUGUGUCCUGGCUAUUCUGUAUGGUAUUAUCGCAUGGACAAUAAGAAAAAAGAACAAAAAAACUAAAGAGAAAUUGUCCUGUCACCAAGGCAAUCGAGAUCAACAGCUAGGGAAAAUUGUCAGAUUGGCAAUGGCCAUUAUGAUCUCCUUC